UUACAAUAGUUUUGAAGAGAGAUCGAUGGAAGGUGUUAUGCUAUAACAUAUGGUAUAUAACUUUAGAAUAAAUUUAACGAAAAUGAACAACCAAGAAGAAUCAGCAGCAACAGUAACAGGAAAGAUCGAGAAAGAAGGGAAGGAAGAUUCACCACAGCCGUCAGCAUCAGGAAUGGCCUCUUCCGCCAUAGACGGCGUGGCAUCGACGGCGCUGCGAUCGGUUCUGCAGCGGGUGCAGCAGGCCGCCGAACGCUGCGUCCGCCAGUCCGAUCGGAUUCGGGUGGUCGCCGUGAGCAAGACCAAGCCAGCAUCCCUUAUCCGCCAAGUUUACGACUCCGGCCAUCGCUGUUUCGGCGAAAAUUAUGUCCAAGAGCUCGUCGACAAAGCUCCACAGCUUCCGGAGGAUAUAGAGUGGCAUUUCAUCGGCAAUUUGCAGAGCAAUAAAGUAAAGCCGCUUCUGACUGGUGUGCCAAAUCUUGCAAUGGUGGAGACUGUUGAUGAUGAGAAGAUUGCAAAUCAGCUUAAUCGAGUGGUUGGAAACAUUGGAAGGAAACCAUUGAAGGUUUUCGUUCAAGUGAAUACAAGUGGAGAAGAAACUAAAUCUGGUGUUGAGCCUUCUGCGUGUGUGGACCUUGUCAAACACAUUAGUUCAAGCUGCCCGAAUCUUGAAUUCAGUGGCCUGAUGACAAUAGGAAUGCCUGACUAUACUUCGACCCCUGAGAAUUUUAAGACAUUAGCAAACUGUAGAAGUGAGGUAUGCAAGGCACUUGGAAUAGCUGAAGAGCAGUGUGAGCUGUCAAUGGGCAUGUCAGGUGACUUUGAACUUGCAAUUGAAAUGGGCAGUACAAAUGUCAGAGUUGGAUCUACAAUAUUUGGAGCUAGGGAGUAUCCAAAGAAGCAAUGAUACUACCAGACACUCGAUGACUCGAAGAAUCAAAUUCAUCGCCAAUAAUGAAAAUUCGUUAUCAGAGCUGUCUUGACAGGAUUCAUAGAUAUAUGAAGAUUUCCUUAGCUUCUUUGCUGCACCUAAGAACUGAUUGAGAGCUCCAUUUAUGUAAUGAUUUACCUUCAUCUAUAGCUCUCUGGCCAAGCCCGGAGUCUAUAACCAUAGCUGGAAUGAUGAUAUUAACUUUUUAAUCAUAAUUCUCUGAGACUUUAUGUUUGUUUAUA